AAAAAAGCUAAGUACAAAGAUGAACAAGAGCUCAGGGAGGCAACACUCUCUUCGAAAGGCUUCUCACUUGGGUUAGGGAUCGAGAACUUUAGAGGCCUCGAAAUCCUCCAUAAGAAAAGCAAACUACUCUUGAACACUUGCAACCUCUGCCCAAGCCUCCUUCUCCAAGGUCUCCCAUGA